AUGAAAGUCAAUAGUAAACAGAGGAGACUACAACAAUCUAACAACAGUGAAAUCCGGGAAAUCUCACCCGACUUUUUAUUUUGUGAAGAUUCUGAUUGUAUGGCGCCUACAGUGAGAUGGUUGGGGGCUACAUUAACUUAAAUAUCAAGCCCAAUUCAACUGUGAUAGGAGAUGGCAGUAAAGAGAAACUUGUAGCAGUUGGCUACACUAGAAGCUAUGUCAAGACAUUCGUCUUCCACUGUCUAGCAAUAUUAUGCAUGGGCCUUCCAUAUGUUCUCAUUUAUUGGCACAACGUCUUUGGAAUUCGUUGGCAGUACAUUAGAUGCCCAAUAGAUGAAUCUCAAGUAUUGGUGUUAGAGGAUGUUCAUGGACAAACAUACAUCGCGAAAGUGCACCAAGAAAAUGUUGGUGAUUAUUUUCCCAAUGAAUAUUCUCUUUUAUCAAACGAGGAUUCAGAUAAAGAGGAGGAUUCUGAAACAAGCAAAUUGUUUGAAGAGGAUGCUAUGCCCUACUCCCGGUAUUUUAUCCAUCAACAUGUCAAGUUUCUGUGGAGCAAAAAGUACCAGCGAUUUCAAAUGCUUACCGGAAUCGAACAAGGCAUUCAACUUUGUGAUUUUCAUAAAUUUGAAGGGCAAUCUGUGCAUGUUCAAGAAGCAAAGCUUCAGCUACACGGCUUCAAUACAAUGUCUGUGGACGUCAAAUCCUACUGGCGUUUAUUGAUAGACGAAGUUCUCAAUCCCUUCUACCUUUUCGAGAUUUUUAGUUGCGUAGUUUGGACGGUGGAUGAUUACAUCUAUUACGCAGCAUGCAUUUUCGUGGUAUCCAUUAUAUCCGUUGGCGUUGCGCUUUACGAAAUCCGCAGGCAAAGUGAGACACUAAAGAAUAUGACAGCAGCUCACAUUUCUUCCAUGGUUACUGUUUGUCGCAGUGGAGAAGUUUAUGAAAAUAUUUAUGCCAUCCGAUUGGUUCCGGGAGAUGUCAUCGUCAUUCCUCCAACUGGAUUCAUGAUGCCAUGCGAUGCCGUUCUUGUAGCUGGCACUUGCAUUGUCAAUGAGAGCGUUUUAACAGGUGAAAGUGCUCCCGAGACUAAAACACCCGUCCCGGAUCUGGAUGAGCCCUACUGUACCGACAUUCACAAAAGGCACACUCUUUUCUGUGGAACACAAGUCCUUCAAACUCGAUACUAUGGCCAAGAUAAAGUCUUGGCUGUCGUGAUAAGGACAGGAUUCACGACUGCAAAGGGUGAAUUGGUCCGCUCCAUUCUAUAUCCGAAGCCUAUUGGCUUCAAAUUCUACGUGGACUCGCUCAAAUUUGUCUUGCUAUUGUUUGGAGUGGCUCUUUGUGGCAUUACGUAUUGCGUAUACGUUUAUAUAACAAAAGGGGCCACUAUAUGGGAAAUUAUCAUCAGGGCUUGUGAUAUGCUAACCAUAGUCGUACCACCAGCCAUGCCAGCUGCUAUGACGGUUGGGACAGUGUAUGCACAAUCACGACUGCGCCAUAAUGGAAUCUUUUGCAUUUCACCACCCCGUAUUAACGUAUGCGGCAAACUGAAGCUUAUGUGUUUUGAUAAAACAGGAACGCUGACAGAAGGUGGUUUAGAGUUCUGUGGUGUAGCACCCCGGUCGAAAGAUGAAAACGUUUUUGAUGAUCUUGUUCGCGAUCCGGCCCUUCAACUCAAACAAGAUGACCCGGUUUUAGUAACUUUAGCUGCAUGUCACACACUUACCCGAAUUGAAGGUCAAUUGAUUGGGGAUCCCUUGGAGCUGGAAAUGUUUAAAUCAACCCAAUGGAUCCUUGAAGAACCAGGAGCAGACAUUACUCGUUACGAUGUAAUGGCUCCCUUAGUUGUCAAACCUGUGACCCGCGAUACUUUUCUUGGCGUACAUGGUUUUGACUUUGCUGAAACAGGAUUUGAGAUUCCGUAUGCAGUAGGUAUUGUGCGUCAGUUCCCGUUCAGCUCUAGCCUACAGAGGAUGUCGGUAGUUGUCCGAACCUUAGGUAGCGCUAACAUGGAACUGCUAUGCAAAGGAUCACCCGAAAUGAUUCGUACACUCUGCUUAAGUACAUCCGUACCUGAUAACUUUGCCAAAGUUUUGAGAUCGUACACAAUGCGUGGCUUCCGUGUCCUUGCGCUGGCUCAUCGUGUUCUCGACCGCCGUUUGACUUGGCAUCAAAUGCAUCGCAUGAAACGGGAACACAUGGAGUGCAAUCUGAAAUUCCUUGGCCUUCUAGUUAUGCAUAAUACUCUUAAGCCAGAAACAACUCCAGUUGUUCGACAAUUACGGAACGCUAACAUUCGUUGCGUUAUGGUUACUGGUGACAACUUGUUAACAGCAAUCAACGUAGGUAGAGACUGCGAUAUGCUUCCUGUGGGAGAGAAAGUCAUUCUUGUCACAGCUAGCUCACCGAAAGGCACCGCCUCUGCUUCCAUCACAUAUUCAUUGGCAGAAAUGUACGAAACGGAAAUUGAAGAAAGUGGAGUGAUGUCUUCAUCUGAGUCGGACGCCAUGUUCACCGAUUCAUGGCCAGACUCCGUUUUCCAGCCCUUGGAAAACAUUGCGCGAAUGUGGCGCAGGCAAGCUCUUAUUUCAGACGCGGAAAGAGGAUUAGAUAGUAAACAUCUAACUCCUCGAUUACACCUGGCUCUGGGAGGCAAAACCCUUGACGUAAUUCGUAAACAUUUUCCUCAAUUACUGCAAAGAAUUCUUGUGCGAGCAACAAUUUUAGCUCGGAUGACGCCUGAUCAGAAAACAAAGGUGGUUGAAGAGUUUCAGGAACUUGGCUACGCCGUUGGAUUUUGUGGUGACGGAGCUAAUGAUUGUGGUGCUCUCAAAGCGGCUCACGUAGGCAUCUCAUUAUCGGAUGCUGAGGCAUCCGUUGCCGCCCCCUUCACUGCAAGAGCAGGAAACAUUUCCUGCGUUCCAACUAUCAUCCGUGAAGGUCGUUGCGCAUUAGUGACUAGUUUUGGGGUCUUCAAGUACAUGGCCCUCUACAGCUUGAUUCAGUUCAUCUCGGUGCUGAUUCUUUACUCUCUACGCACAACUUUGGGCGACUACAUGUUUUUGUACCAUGAUUUGUUCAUAACGACAACAGUGGCCGUACUGAUGGGACACACAGAGCCCUAUCCGCAUCUAGUGGUUCACCGGCCUAGAGGAUCUCUACUUACCAGCUCCAAUAUGCUAUCCCUCGUCAUGCAAAUAGCUUUGACAGCGGCAAUUCAACUAGGCGCACUGUUGCUCUUAAUGCUGCAGCCAUGGUACACUCCUGUGCGUCCAGAGGGCGAUGAAGUUAUUAUUCCCUGUUGGGAAGUAACCGUCAUUUUCUCGAUCAGUUCAUUUCAGUACCUUAUUCUUGCGUUAGCAUUUUCCUACGGGCCUCCCUAUAGACAGCCCUUUUAUACCAACAAACUCUUUUUGUUCGCCAUGAUGGUCCUGACAGCCUUCUCUCUAGUCCUUACGUUGCUUCCGAUUGGCCCGCUGGCUGACUUUUUCCAAGUGAUAGGGAUCAACGUAAAUCCUUUUCACUGGUACUCAGGAGAUGAGAAGGAGCUUCCUGUUGGAUCCACAAGAACUGAUGACGACGACAACAUGUACCUAUUCCGCAGUUGCCUAAUACUUCUAGUAAUAUUGCACACAUCCGUGGCGCUUUUUAUUGAAAAUUUGGUUGCAGAAAAUGAGUCCAGUCAGCGCCCUACAAACGAUCCUCGAAAUUCUGAACCAAAGAACAAGUACAAAAAAGUGGAGUUGGAGUUAUCUCUGGAAAAAGACUGGCCCCCGUUAGGUCAAGCCAGCACUAGUGAAAUAUUGUCACUUUAAACAUUAGAGUAUACCACAAUGAAAUUCAGUGUUGGUUAAGUCUCAAGUACAUCAUUUUUAGUUGUGUUCUUCAUCCUUUGCGUUAAAAAGGCAUGCGAUUAACGUUUAACACUAUUUUUCUAUCAUUCUAGCUAAUUGUGCUUAUCGAAUAAGCAAAUUAUGUGAGGUACUGACGGUGCGCGACAUGAUUUUUUGCCUUAUGCCUUUUUAGCUGUUUUUGUACGCCUAUCGAUUUAUUUGUAAUUUCUAUGUCGUGAUUGGGGAGCACCCAUUCCAUAGUGCAUCUCACCUGUUUAUUAGUCAAUAAAAAAUAUUUUUGUGGGA